GUCUCUGCCCCUGGGCGGGGACGGGCGGCGGCCGUGCGGAGACCUGAGGCGGCGAACACGCAGCCGGCCCAGUCCGCGGGCCCAGACCCCGCGAGUCCCCUGAGAGCCGCCGCCGCCACAGGCCCCCGCGCUUCACGGCCCCACCGCCAGGCCCGCCCGCCGCUCCCCUCACAGGCCCGCGCCGCCGCCGCAGCCAUGGCGGAAGUUCAUAGACGUCAGCAUGCUCGGGUUAAAGGAGAAGCCCCCACGAAAUCCUCCACACACAGAGAUGAGGAGGAGCUGGGGAUGGCGUCGGCCGAAACGCUGACCGUGUUCCUGAAGCUGCUGGCCGCCGGCUUUUACGGCGUGAGCUCCUUCCUGAUCGUGGUGGUGAACAAGAGCGUGCUCACCAAUUACAGAUUUCCCUCCUCACUAUGUGUUGGACUUGGCCAGAUGGUGGCCACAGUGGCAGUUCUCUGGGUGGGAAAGGCGCUCAGAAUAGUCAAGUUUCCUGACCUUGACAGAAAUGUACCUCGAAAGACGUUUCCACUACCUCUACUAUAUUUUGGGAACCAAAUCACGGGACUGUUCAGCACAAAGAAACUGAACUUGCCAAUGUUUACAGUUCUGAGAAGGUUCUCCAUCCUGUUUACAAUGUUUGCUGAAGGAGUUUUACUCAAGAAGACUUUUUCUUGGGGUAUUAAAAUGACUGUAUUAGCAAUGAUUAUUGGAGCCUUUGUAGCUGCCAGCUCUGACUUGGCAUUUGAUCUGGAAGGAUAUGUUUUUAUUCUGAUAAAUGAUGUACUGACAGCAGCAAAUGGAGCAUAUGUAAAACAAAAAUUAGAUUCAAAAGAGCUGGGAAAAUAUGGUCUGCUUUAUUACAAUGCACUGUUCAUGAUUCUGCCUACCCUGGCCAUUGCAUAUUUCACAGGAGAUGCACAAAAGGCAAUGGAGUUUGAAGACUGGGCCGACACCCUCUUUCUUCUGCAGUUCACCCUCUCCUGUGUGAUGGGGUUUAUCUUGAUGUACGCCACAGUACUCUGCACUCAGUAUAAUUCUGCUCUUACAACUACAAUAGUUGGCUGUAUUAAGAAUAUAUUAAUAACUUAUAUUGGAAUGGUCUUUGGUGGAGAUUAUAUUUUCACAUGGACAAACUUCAUUGGCUUAAAUAUCAGCAUUGCUGGGAGCCUGGUGUAUUCCUACAUCACUUUCACUGAAGAGCAGCUGAACAAACAGUCAGAGGCCAGUAACAAGCUGGACGUUAAGGGGAAAGGAGCAGUGUGACCGGAGGAUUGCUACAACUACGUAGGCCCAAGUUUUUAAUCAACUGGGAACGCUGGCAAUUCCUACAGAUACUGAGGUGUCUUGAUUAUGGAGAAAAUGCUAUUCCUUUGCACUUGUACAAUCAAGGAUUGAUUGCUGCCUUUUAAAAUUUUAUGAUGAGAGAAACUUAUUGACUCUAUUUUAAAUGUGUUAGAAUUAAUUUAUACCAGACUGGAAAAUGUACUGGGCUGUUUAAUUUAUUUUUCUUCUGUGCUGACAGUGAAACAUCAGUGUUUUGAAAAUAUUUUAUUCCAUUGUUUGAUAUCCAGGUGUCCCUGAGAGCUGCAUUGAUAAUGUGCUCCAACUGGAGCCUCAUCGUUCAAAUUGUGGCUGCAUCUGAAGGCACUUUAGCCUUUCUUCUGCUGGAAAUGCAGCCUAGUAUCUGAAAUGUCUCUUUAAAUUUUCUGAUGAUUGCAUUGUCUUCAUAAUAUCACUACAUCUGCAAAAGGCAACAACUUUGGCACUAAAAAAAUAUGUGGGCUUUGAAGUGUAUUGCUUUCCAUGUUGGCUUCCCUGAGAACUCAUGGGAUGAGCAGAGUGCAUUUCUUGGAAAUAUGCUGUUCCUUCUUUGUUGUGUAAGAUGGGGAUAAUGAGGGGUUGGAGGAAGUAGGCCUUUUACUCAUUUAUUCAUCUGAGUAAUUCAUUCCACAAAAAUGUAUUGUAUAUAUAUGCUAGGUAUUGUGCUAAGUGCAGAGGAUACAGAGAUACCUGGGAGGUAGUGAAAGAUCUCAUGCCAUAGUGACUGAAGGUAAGAUGCAAAACUUACUUAGCUCUAUUAAUCCAUUCAGAAGAUGUGACUGAGCAAGUGGUUUCAGCUCUCUCAGAAAUUGUCAAUGGGAGAAGCAGCACCUGCCCUACCUACCCCACAACUGUGAUUCUAAAUGCCGCAGUGUGAGAUAAGUGUAUGUGAAAAGCUGCAUUUUGUAAACCAAUGCAGCUCAGCAUUGACCCCUUCUUCUUUGAGGGAGAAUGGCAGACAGGCAAGGUGACCACCAUCUAUUCCCCAUGACUUUUCCUUCUCUAGGUUUGGUUGCUACUCUUUUUACUCCUCUUUGGAUCAGUAUGAUGAGGUCCCAUAUUUCUGAAUUUACUGGCUUGAGGAGAAAGUCUGGUUAGACAUUUUUGUAUUGUCAAAUCGUGUAUAAUUAUAGCUUUGCUAAAUGCAUAUGACAGGCUUUUAUACCUCAGGGCCCCUGGCCUGUGCUGAACCUUUUGGCUGACCAGAGCAGUACAGCAAUUUACAGUUUCUGCCCUUUCUGUGUUCUGAUUCCUGGAUGCCUCCUUCAGCUGCCACCAGCAUUUCAAGAUAAGAGAGAACAGCCUGGGUAAGUUGGAGAUUGAAUAGACUGGCCAACCAUUUUUGGAGUUAGUGUUUUCAAUUUUUGCAGGCCUGGUGUAAUAUACUAGAGAUUUACCUGGUACUCUGGCACCUCCCAGAAUGUCUGGAUUUUCGCCCUCAGGUUGAUAUCUUACUAGGCAGAAAAUUCUUUGACCUAUUAUCUACCUCCUGGGAGAAAAAGAGGCAGUAUAGAGUUAAAUCCUUAAUUUGCCCUCUAAGUCAAAUCAGCAGUGGUGAGAAUUCUGAAAGCCAAAUCUAUGACUAGUGGCCCCUCUUCUUUGAGUCAAAGUGAAGUCUUCUUUUGCCAGUCUGCUUUUAAUCAAUGCCAGGUGGAUUAGAAUAAUCCUGUUUGACCAGAUUACACAUUGCCAACAUGUCACAUGACUUUUAAUUGCCUCAUGUGGCUGUUGACUUUAUGAAUCAGUCAUUUGUAGAGUCCAACUUGCAUGUAGGUUUAAAAAAAAAGUGCAAGUUUUCUGUAAUCCUCUUAUAUCAGGAAUCCGUGGAAGGUUUUGGUCAGUAAAGCUGAUGCAGAAUCUUUCUGGCAAGAAUAGUAGAGUUUCGCAUAUGAUUGGUUUAGAAUAGUACCUACGAUUUUGGGCCGGCCUUUGCUUUCAUUAUGGCCUCAAUUCAGUGAGCAACGAUUUAAUGAGCAUCUGUUGUAUGCCAGGCAUUUGCUAAACUCUGGGGAAACAGAUGAUUAGGAGGACAUAGCUCUUGCUCUCAAGAAGUGUAUAAUUCUUUAGCCAGAGGUGGUGGCCUGGACCCUUAUUGAGAGAAAGGAAAUGGAUUAGAGUCAGUGAUUUGUGAACAAGAACUGCCUGCAGUUAUCAGUAUCACUGAUUCUAGGGGUGCCCCACCCGUAGAGCUAAACUAUUUUUUUUAAUCUGAGAGGCCUUUUGUAAGUCUUCUAGCUCUGAGAUAGCAACACAGCUCUUAGAAUGCUUUGAAUAGCCUGAGUUCCUCUACUGCACACAUUCUUAAUUCCCCAUGACUAUGUAAUACUGGUUCUUCCCACGAACUAGGCUGUAAUGAAUUUUUCCCUCUCUGAGGAAAAAAUAUUCAGGAUAUAUGAAAUACUAGAUGUAAAACUACUUAGCACAAUGCCUAGUACGUAUUAUGCACUCAGCAAGUGUAGCUGCUGUCACUAUUUCAUAGUGAGACUGUAGGCAAAACAAGAUUCUUAAUUUGUGCUCCUUAAGUGCUAGAGGCCUGGGCAGUGUGUGUAUUUCCUGAAAAACAUGAUCCUGUACCUCAUUGCUUCUAGAAUGCUUAGAUAACAGUUUCUGUUCACUGUCUGUUCUUUUUUAAAAAUACCUAUGGGAUAUAACUGUGGUCACUGGGGGUGCAGGUGAUUGUUUUUUAAAAAGAAUGGAAUUACUUUCACAUUGUGAUGGUAAAUUUCAAAACAGGAAAAUCGUUUGCUAUCUUGGGGGAAGAUAAUUACAUUUCAGAAUGGUAAUUCAGUUAAAACUUCGCCAGUUUAUCACCUUUAAGGUAGCUCCUGUACAGAUGGGACGCUCCUUCUUCCCGUCUCUGAAGAUAAUGUACUUGACCACAUGCUUCCAGGCUUAUCUCAGUUGUCAAUAUAUGUGAGUCUUUGGUGCCCUCACUGUUUUUUAAACCUGUCUUCUAGUUCUUACCAUUAGGAUGCCACUUGAUGGUAUGAGCAGAUAUUAUACAAUGUUUUUUCUUUUUUUUUAAGCUUUGUUUUUUGAAAAUACUUUUUAAAAAGAAAUCUACUGGUUAGAUUUAUUGUCUCACAGAAAUGUUUUUAGAGAUUAUUUUGUUCACAAAUGUUUUCUUUCUCAUGCUGAUGAUCAACUGAUUUUUGUCUACAAAUGUUAGUCUUUCACAGUAUUUUUCCAAUAUAGAUUCUAUUUACCAAAUGACCAUCUUAGUGUUUUAAAAAGGUACGUACUGAGGAUUGAGGUAUGUAAAUCAGGUGACAUAAGCAUAAAAAUUAUGUGCCUAAAUAUUUUUGUAAUGUUAUCAAAUAAAUACUUUUUCCUGAAAAUAUGUAUUAAAAUUCCUUUUUAAGUGGAUAUAGAGGUUUAAUCAAAAGCCAAAAGUCUGCCCACUUUUAAGAAUACAGCCUUCAAUUAGUUGAUUGAGAUCCAGUUAUAGAGAAAAUACUGUUUUCCAUACAAGUGCUUUGCAUGAAGAGUAUAUAUGACUAAAUACCCAGUGUCUUUGGCAUACUUAUGGAAAGUUCAAAGGAAAGAAAUGCUGACUGCUGUAGAAUGGAUGCCCUCCCAACCUCAUUGGAGCUUAAAUCCCCACAGUAACUUCUGAGGGUGGGAAAUCCUAUUAUGGUAACUGAAAGGUGGGGCCUUGAAGAGGUGAUUGGAUUGUGGGACCAUGCCAAAGUGAGUGGAUUAAAAAUGGUGGUAAAGGGCGUGGUGGUUCUGGGGGCUUUAAAGGAAGAGUACACGAGAGGUUAGUAUCUCUCUGCUCUGCCAUUUGGCAAUGUGACACCCUGCCAUCUCUGUUGCCACCACCAAGGCCUUCACCAAAUGUGUUGCCUGGACUUUGGACUUUCCAGCCUCCAAAACUAAGCAAUAAAUUUCAUUUUCUUUAUAAA